AUAUAAAAUCGAAGCAGUUCCAUCAUUUUUCCCGUCAUUUUUUCUCCUUUCCUUCGAAUUUGUUUUCGUUCCUCAAAAUUUCCAAACCCGCGAAAUACAAAUUAGAAAACAUUGACUUUAGAAGAGAAGAGGCAGUGCCUGUAAAGAAUUUCCAGUUGUUAAGGAACCCCUGUGAUUCCGUGAGCCUGGGUCUUCUUCCGUCAACGCUGGGUGGGCUGCUAACAUUUCGCCUACUUGUGGUGCGAUUUGUGCCAGAUUAUUAUGUAUUUGUUGUUGUAAAUUUCAUAAAACUGAAGUUUAGAGGGUGAAGAAUGAGAAAUUUUGUGCAUUCAUCGGUAGUUUUUAAAUCUAGAUGAAGAUUGAUUUUGUGCAUUCAUCGGUGCUCACAAAUGUAAAGAGUCGCCAAGACAAGUGACUCCAUAGAUCGGAUUGAUUUCUGGCUAAAUUUCCAUCUGGGUAUGCUUCAGUUACCUCCCUUUCUCAAUCCAUUGGCUGGAUUCUUCCUAUCAUGAUAACAUGAUUAACUAUCCAUUCGGAUCAGGGAAAGGGAGUCCUAAGUCUUUCCAUGCUUAUCCUCGAGGCGACUUUGAUUUAGAAUCUGGAACCUCUAAAAGAGCGAGAAAGCGGAAAAAUUCUCCACCUGGUCUUACCAAAAUGCUGAAAUCUUUUGGAAAUCGUCUUAUCUAUUACUACAAAUUGCAUCCACUUCUUGUCUUCUUCGUUUCCUUGUCAUUUGGGGUCUCAAUUCUCAUUGUUCUCUCUGUGUAUGAGAGCCGGUUUCGGAUGCUGACUAAUUAUCAAAAUUUAGAUACGGGUUCAGAUGGUUAUCCUUUUUCGAAGCUUCGGAAUCUUGUAAUGGUUGCAGGGCAUUCAGUGUAUACAAGUAGUUGUGGGAAGGCUGAAAAUGAGGAUUCGUGGUUUCUGGAGUCUUAUCAGAAGCAUCCGGGCCAAGCUGUAACUUUCUUAACUCAUAUACAGGAGGGAGUUGAAAUCGCAGCUAAAGAUGAUAGAGCUUUACUGUUGUUUAGUGGGGGAGAAACUCGGAAAGAUGCUGGUCCUCGAAGCGAGGCACAGAGUUAUUGGGUUGUUGCUGACUCGAAAGGAUGGUUUGGCAAGCAAGAAGACGUCAGGUGGAGAGCACUCACUGAAGAGCAUGCAAGGGACAGCUUUGAAAACCUUCUGUUUAGUGUGUGUCGGUUCCGGGAGCUUACUGGCACAUAUCCUCACAAUAUAACUGUUGUAAGUUAUGAUUUCAAGGAAGAGAGAUUUGCGCAUCUUCAUCGCUCUGCAAUCAGGUUUCCUGAGUCGAGGUUUUUCUACUCUGGUACACCAGCUUCAUCGACUUCCAAAGAAGCAGCCAUGAGAGGUGAAGCAUUAGUGAGGGCUCAAUUUCUAGCAGACCCAUAUGGGUGCUUAGGGUCUCUACGUCUCAAGAAACUGGGUCGUGAUCCAUUUCACAGGUCAAUUCCAUAUCCCAAUGGAUGCCCCGAAAUUCAAGGGUUGUUUAGGCAUUGUGAAGCAACCCCUUACCUAGGCUUUCUUCCUUGGGCUUAGGAAAGUUCGACCUUUGAUUUACUGUGUUUUUUUUUUUUUACUGUUAUACAAGUUAGGAGAAAACAUCCAAAAUCAUGUAGCAAGCUGCUUGCAUAGUGAAGCUGUAUCAGAUGAGGAUGUGCAGUGGUAAAACACAAUUGUCUGGUUAUGCAUCUUUUGUGGGCUCUGUUAUUGUCAUGGUAUUUGCAGUCACAGAACUUCUUAAAGCAAUUAAUUUAGUAGAGAUUUUUGGACGGAAUUAAUACCUAAAAAAUAGUCAUUCCAUAGAGAACCAUUUCAGCUGAUGGGGCAUACCCUUUUCCUUUUUUGUUUCAAAGAAAUGUAUAUCUAACUAGCAAUGCGCACCUCUCACUUGUUACCACAAAAAAUGCAGACUUGGAUUGUUUUUUGAUUAAAUUUGAAAUAUAAUAAUAAGUUUUGAGUUUAAAUAAUUAUAAAGAUUUUGAACACUUAAAAUUUGGGAAGUGGUUUGUUCGAGCUAUUGAAAUUUUUAGGUAAAAUACAUUGUGUUGAUCUUUUUUGAAGUUGUGAAAUUUGAGGGGCAUUGGAGUUUUAUAGAAAGGUAGUUAAAGGGGAAAAAAAAAAUGUUAGAUAAUAAGAAGCUAAAGCAAUUAUGGAAGCUACAAAGAUUUUUUUUUUUUUAAUUUUAAAAAAUUAGUUUAUUAAAUUACUUAUAUACCCAUAAUUUCUAAAUAUUUUAGUUAAGGAUAACUUGUAUAUUAAGGGACAUUUUAGGAAAGGUGACUGAAGGAAAAAAAAAAUUAUUGAAAAUGAUUUUGUGUUAUAUAUAUAUAUAUAUAUUAUCAAUUUAAAUGUUGAAUUUAUUUUUAUUUUUUUUGGAAUGGUGAAGUCUUUUAAAAUUAAGUUUUUACAACCUGAAAUAUUAAGACUUCAGUUUUGGAAUUUAGAUUGUCUGAAGAAGUUGUACCAUAGUUCGAGUUUUUGUAACUGAAUUUCGUUAACGAGUCCUAUUUUAGAAACUCAGUUUCUUGCCAUGUAGCCUAUCACCCUUCCUCCAUGCAUGCCAUGCACGUACACAGACACUCUCUUCCCUCUCUCUCCAAACAGUUAAUCUCUCCCCUCCCCCCUCUCUGCCGAUCAUGCAAGCUCUCUUUCAUGAAGAGCACCACGCACUCUACACACUCAUUAAUAUUUUAAAGAAAAUGAAUUUUGAUGUGGAGAAACUCAAUCCUCCCUUUCUUAAUUAUGAUGGUAAAGUAAGGUGGAUACAAGAUAUAUUACUGAGGGUGAUAAUGGUCAUCGAUAUUGGCAUUAAAGCUUCGUGUGUAAUGAAUUAAGUGUCAAAAUUACAUAAUUAAGUACUUAAAUAGUGUAUUAAUAAAUUAUUAUAAUAUGAAUAAGAGCCUAAUUAUACAUAUAAUUUUAGUAAUUAAGCUUAAUUGAUAAGAGCUGACAUUUUGCACUUAAAUAUUUAAAUUGUGGCAGUGUUGUGAAGGUGGCAGUGUUGCGCUAGCAGAAAAGAAGAGAAGAAAAAGAAAAAAAUAAUAAUAAAUGAACAAAAAAGGGCAGCACACACUCGGGCAGCACAGGAUUACAUCCAGUAGCUAGGACUAGCGCUGGCAGUGGGCAGUAUUGUGAGUGCAGUGCUGGUCGGCCAACAGUGUUGGAAAGGGAGACGCGCGCAACUGGGGAAGAAUAAAAGAAUAGGAGAAAAGGAGGAGCAAGUGAAAAAUAUACACAGCAACAGGGGAGGCUCUCGGCCAAGGGAACUGUGCGCAGGAGAGGCUCUUGGUCUGGGAGUUCUUGGCUUGGAGGGCAGUGCCGAAAUCUCCCUUUCUCUUCCUUUAUCUUUCUUCUUCCUUUUUUUUGCUGUAAAUGAAUUUUUUCUGGGCUAAUUUGUUUCAAAAAAUUCAGAUUUUAAACAUGUUAGGCUAAAUUUUAAGCUUAGGAUUCAAGGGAAUGACCCGUGACUAUUUUGGGCUGGAUUUCCUUCUUUCCAUAGAGCUUUAAUGCUCAACUUUCUGGGUUGUAUUUCAUUGUAUAUUUAGAAAAUACUGAAGUUCUAGGUUCUUGGUCUUGAUUAAAUGUAGACACAAGUGAUGCUUGAACUAGUAGUAAGAUUUUGAUGGUUUUCUUUCAUUACUUAAAUUUGUUAUACAAUCUAUUAAGUAUUUUGGAUUAUACUGAAAUUGUGGGCUAAAUAUUGUAUUAUCCAAUCAUAUGGUUGAGAGAAGAGGAAAUUAGAGGUACGUCCAUUAUCAAAUCAAAAAUUGGUGAAACUUGCAUCUCAAGUGUUUGAUUAAUUAUCUCUUACAAGCUCAAUUCAAUUUCUACACAUUUACUUUGAAGUGCUUAGUUAUUGGUAAUUUUAGAUACAUAGAUUCAUCAUCAUCUUCAAGCCCUAAUUGUGCUUGAACCUCAUUUUUAUCUUUUCUGGUUCAUUACUUUAAUUAUUUAGCUUACUAAUUGUUUUGUAAUUUCUUAUCACCAUAAAUGAUAAUAUGAUUUCUUGUGUUAUAACUGAGACCAUAAUGCUUGCAUAGUUCUCAUUGUCCCCUUGAAUUCAAUAUUGAGACUCACCCUUGUCUUACUUUGACAGCUUCUGCGCUUGAAAGUCAAAAUCAUUAGCUAAUCAAGUUUUUGGCAUUGUUACCAGGGACAAUUGGUGUUUUAUGAGGAUAAAGAAAAAACAUGGUUAAAUGCGUUGGGUUCUUAUCUCCGCCACCGACAUUCCUACAGAAGCGGAUUUGUCAUAGGAGCGGCGUAGGCACCACUCCUGGGAAAAGAUUCUUUUCCUGAUGAACAACUUCUAGAUGUUGAUUCUUUGCCUUGAUUUGCUGAUAUUGUCAAUUUCUUGGUAACAAGACAUACCCCACCACAUUGGAGCCCUCAAGGCAUCAAAAAUUUAAAAUUCGAGGUAAACUUCAAUCCAAAUGGAGUGAUCCUUAUAUUGUUCAAACGGUGUUUCCUCAUGGGGCUACUGAAAUCCUUAAUCCACACAACGGUCAUAUUUUUAAGGAAAUUGGAGCUUAAACUAAGGAGUUAAGCAAUGCAAGAAUCCAAGGAAGCAAUUGGGAAGCACAAGGUUCAACCAAAUGCUCGACCAGGUCUCCAAGGUCGUGUACCAUCCAACGCAACAUGAUCAUGUUCAACCAAGUGGUGCGACCAAGCAGUCACAAGGAGCGACCAGCAUGAAAUGAAGACUCCAAAGUGUUGAUUAAUUGAAGAAUCACAAAAUACCUCAACCAAAGCACGACCAAGAGAUGUUGAAGGUGCGACCAGGUCGAGGAAGCCAACAACUGAACAAGAAGAUUUUCCAGAUUGGCUUGACCACGGUGCGACCAUGAGAAGUCCAAGGUGCGACUAGGUUAACUUUCAUCAAGUUUAGAAAUUUGCUGUGUGAGAUUUUGGACAAAACUUUCCUGAUUUUAAUUUGAUCGUGUGUAAACCCUUUUGGGUAUAAAAUCAAACUUCAAAUAGGUGAUUAGGGUUCCCUCUUGGCUCCUCCUUGAUUAAUAACAGACCUUGAGUGCCGAUUAGAGCCAUUUUGAUUAGUUUUCAAUUCUUUGUUUUGUUCAAUUUUGAGUUGUAAUCUCCCUUUCGAUUCUUCAAGGUCCUAUGACAAACCUUGAAUUCAUAUUGGUGCCAUAGAUUUGUGGUAGUGUAGUUGGGUUCUCCUUUG